UCUAACGCCGAGUUUUUCGGCGGAGCCGCCCACAGUAUUGUUUGGACAGCCCCGCGGGGAUCCCCUCGAAGACUCAAAGCGCGGGUACCACGGUGGUAAUGUAGGGAAUUGGGCUGCGCAGCUUCUCCUCCAGAGAGCCGCCAGUAACUGCUCCUUAGGCCAUCCAACAGUGGCAAAGCCGUCCCCCCUUUGGGAUCGUUUCAGCAACCCACAAACCGGUCCUGUGGCAGCCGUCUCCCUCCGCCUUCGGUCCCUUGGUACAAAUAUGUCAACAGAAGGGGAGCCAAGUGCUCUUAUCAGAGUCAUUCAGCUUUUUAUCCUCUCCACCACAUGGGGAAUGCAGAUAUGGGUGACUUUUAUUGCAGGAUUUGUUCUUUUCCGGAGUGUGAGCAGGCACACCUUUGGUCUGGUUCAAAGCAAAUUGUUUCCCUUCUAUUUCUAUACCCUGCUGGGCUGCACUUUCCUGAAUCUUGCCAUCUUUGCUUCAUACCAUCCAUGGGAACUUCUUAAUACUAUGGAAACUGUCCAAAUUAUUUUUUUUUUCACUGGACUUCUCUUGGCUGCUGCCAAUGCCUUCUGGUUCUCUCAAGUCACUACCAAGACCAUGUUCAAGAUGCAGGAGAUUGAAAGGGAGCAUGGACUUGGGAACGAAAUGGGAUUUUCAGGCCAGCGGGAGGCUUAUCAGCUUUUGAAGGAGAAGGAUGCCAAGUAUCGAAGCCUGCGCCUGAAGUUCUUCAAGUUUCAUGGCCUGUCCUCUCUAUGCAAUGUGGCUUGUGUGAUCUGUACUGGUGUGAAUCUGGCAUGUAUAGCACUGCAUCUGGACAGCCUGUAAGCCUGCUUCUUUUCUCUGCUCACAUCUUUCCCAUUUCUGCUGCAUGAUUCAUUUUCUAAGGCAGAAAAACUAUGAGCUUUUUCCUGAAGCACUAAUUACAGCCUGUAUUUUGGACUAUA